CAGCAGGAUCUGCACAGAUCUUCAUUAACUCAACAACGUAGAUGUAGAAAUACUCUUCCUCAUCUUGCUUAAUACUACACAACUACCGGUGGACGAAUGACGGAAGCGCCACUCCUUGUUCAUGAUCAUGGGACAUCAUGCCUUUGCUUCUCCAGAAGAAGAUGUGCACAAGAUUGAAUGCUUAUUUGUCCCGGUGAUUAUUCGCUUUGUCACCUUCGGUUUGCUCAUAUGGGCGAGUCAUACACACACAGACCGCCUUUACCUCCUAAAUCCUGCGAUCCUGA